AUGUUCUCUUUACCAUUCAUCACACCCCGCGACUCCCACGAGCUCUGGUUCGGCUCCUCCAACCCAUACCGAUCCUCAUCACCCCAUCAAUCCACCACCGACCCCUCAAAUCAAACCCGCCGCAAUGCCACAACAACCUCCAGCCACCGCUCCUUCCUCCCCUCCCGCUCCCCAGCAACCAGCCUCUCAGCCCUCCAAGUCGAAGAGCGCGCCCUACGCCUCCGCAAACAAAACAUCGCCUCCUUCGGCUACUCCUGGAUCCGGCCCGCGGGCUGCGCAAAGACAAUGCUCGGCAUGAAAGAAGAAGAAGCCGAACGCGAAGAAGCUCUCGUCGCAGCGCAAACGGAAAUAGGUGCCAUUGACGGCGAGGGAAUUAUGGAAGAUGAUUUGGGACUAACGCAAGGCGAGGAAGACGAGGAAGGACAAGGGAUGGAGCGGGAUUUAGACGAUGAGAUUCCCGACGCUGAUGAGACGGAAGAGCAGGGGGGGCCUUAUUGA